CAGGCCAGCCUAUGGGGGCGCCCAGAUAACGCGGGUUGGGGGCGCCCAGGCCCCCCAUCCCCGCCAGCAUGGCUCGGCCGCCACCCCUUGGGGAGCUGCCCCCGGGCUACACACCCCCAGCUCGAUCUGCAGCACCCCAGAUCCUAGCUGGGAGCCUUCAGGCUCCACUCUGGCUUCGUGCUUACUUCCAGGGCCUGCUCUUCUCUCUGGGCUGUGGGAUCCAGAGACACUGUGGCAAAGUGCUCUUCCUGGGACUUUUGGCCUUUGGGGCCCUAGCAUUGGGUCUCCGCGUGGCCAUCAUUGAAACAGACCUAGAACAGCUCUGGGUGGAAGCGGGCAGCCGGGUGAGCCAAGAGCUGCAAUACACCAAGGAGAAGCUGGGGGAGGAGGCUGCGUACACCUCCCAGAUGUUGAUACAGACCCCGCGCCAGGAGGGGGAGAACGUCCUCACACCUGAGGCACUUGGCCUCCACCUCCAGGCAGCCGUCACCGCCAGUAAAGUGCAAGUAUCACUCUAUGGAAAGUCCUGGGAUUUGAACAAAAUCUGCUACAAGUCAGGAGUUCCCCUAAUUGAAAAUGGAAUGAUUGAGCGGAUGAUUGAGAAGCUGUUUCCCUGCGUGAUCCUCACCCCCCUCGACUGCUUCUGGGAAGGAGCCAAACUCCAAGGGGGCUCUGCCUACUUGCCGGGCCGCCCCGACAUCCAGUGGACCAACCUGGAUCCAGAGCAGCUGCUGGAGGAGCUGGGCCCCUUUGCCUCCCUUGAGGGCUUCCGGGAGCUGCUAGACAAGGCACAGGUGGGCCAGGCCUACGUGGGGCGGCCCUGUCUGCACCCUGACGACCUCCACUGCCCAUCUAGUGCCCCUAACCAUCACAGCAGGCAGGCUCCCAAUGUGGCUCAGGAGUUGAGCGGGGGCUGCCAUGGCUUCUCCCACAAGUUCAUGCACUGGCAGGAGGAACUGCUGCUGGGAGGCAUGGCCAGAGACCCCCAAGGACAGCUGCUGAGGGCAGAGGCCCUGCAGAGCACCUUCCUGCUGAUGAGUCCCCGCCAGCUCUACGAGCACUUCCGGGGCGACUACCAGACACACGACAUCGGCUGGAGUGAGGAGCAGGCCGGCACGGUGCUGCAGGCCUGGCAGCGGCGCUUCGUGCAGCUGGCGCAGGAGGCCCUGCCUGGGAACGCGUCCCAGCAGAUCCACGCCUUCUCCUCCACCACCCUGGAUGACAUCCUGCACGCCUUCUCUGAAGUCAGCGCUGCCCGCGUGGUGGGAGGCUACCUGCUCAUGCUGGCCUACGCCUGCGUGACAAUGCUGCGGUGGGACUGUGCUCAGUCCCAGGGUGCUGUGGGCCUCGCCGGGGUGCUGCUGGUGGCCCUAGCGGUGGCCUCGGGCCUCGGGCUCUGCGCCCUGCUCGGCAUCGCCUUCAAUGCCGCCACUACCCAGGUGCUGCCCUUCUUGGCACUGGGCAUUGGCGUGGAUGACAUAUUCCUGCUGGCACAUGCCUUCACAGAGGCUCCACCUGGCACCCCUCUCCAGGAGCGCACAGGUGAGUGUCUGCAGCGCACAGGCACCAGCGUUGCACUCACGUCCAUCAACAACAUGGUCGCCUUCUUCAUGGCUGCCCUAGUUCCCAUCCCUGCACUGCGGGCCUUCUCCUUGCAGGCGGCAGUAGUGGUUGGCUGCAACUUUGCAGCCGUGAUGCUUGUCUUCCCAGCGGUCCUCAGCCUGGACCUGCACCGGCGCCACUGCCAGCGCCUUGAUGUGCUCUGCUGCUUCUCUAGCCCCUGCUCUGCUCGGGUGAUUCAGAUUCUGCCCCAGGAGCUGGGGGAUAGGACAGUACCAGUGGGCAUUGCUCACCUGACUGCCACUGUUCAGGCAUUUGCGCACUGUGAAGCCCGCAGCCAGCAUGUGGUCACCAUCCUGCCUCCCCAAGCCCACCUGGUGCCCCCACCUUCUGACCCACUGGCCUCUGAGCUCUUCAGCCCAGGAGGGUCAACACGGGACCUUCUAGGCCAGGAGGAGGGGACAAGGCAGAAGGCAGCCUGCAAGUCCCUGCCCUGCGCCCGCUGGAAUCUUGCCCAUUUCGCCCGCUCUCAGUUUGCACCCUUGCUGCUCCAGUCCCACACCAAGGCCAUGGUGCUGGUACUUUCUGGGGCUCUUCUGGGCCUGAGCCUCUAUGGAUCGACCUUGGUGCAGGAUGGGCUGGCCCUGACAGAUGUGGUGCCUCGGGGCACCAAGGAGCAUGCCUUCCUGAGCGCCCAGCUCAGGUACUUCUCUCUGUACGAGGUGGCCCUGGUGACACAGGGUGGCUUUGACUACGCCCACUCCCAACGCGCCCUCUUUGAUCUGCACCAGCGCUUCAGUUCCCUCAAGGCAGUGCUGCCCCCACCGGCCACGCAGGCACCCCGCACCUGGCUGCACUAUUACCGCAACUGGCUACAGGGAAUCCAGGCUGCGUUUGACCAGGACUGGGCUUCUGGGCGCAUCACCCACCACUCAUACCGCAAUGGCUCUGAGGAUGGGGCCCUAGCCUACAAGCUGCUCAUCCAGACCGGGGAUGCCCAGGAGCCUCUUGAUUUCAGCCAGCUGACCACAAGGAAGCUGGUGGACAAGGACGGGCUGAUUCCACCUGAGCUCUUCUACGUGGGGCUGACCGUGUGGGUGAGCAGUGACCCUCUGGGUCUGGCAGCCUCACAAGCCAACUUCUACCCCCCACCUCCCGAGUGGCUGCAUGACAAGUACGACACCACCGGGGAGAACCUUCGCAUCCCGGCGGCCCAGCCCCUGGAGUUUGCCCAGUUCCCCUUUCUACUGCACGGACUCCAGAAGACUGCAGACUUCGUGGAGACCAUUGAGGGGGCCCGGGCAGCGUGUGCCGAGGCAGGCCAGGCUGGGGUGCGCGCCUACCCCAGCGGCUCCCCCUUCCUCUUCUGGGAGCAGUAUCUGGGCCUGCGGCGCUGCUUCCUGCUGGCGGUCUGCAUCCUGCUGGUGUGCACUUUCCUCGUCUGCGCCCUGCUGCUGCUCAACCCCUGGGCAGCUUCCCUCAUAGUACUGGUCCUGGCAGUGAUGACCGUGGAGCUCUUUGGCAUCAUGGGUUUCCUGGGCAUCAAGCUGAGCGCCAUCCCCGUGGUGAUCCUUGUGGCGUCUGUAGGCAUUGGUGUCGAGUUCACGGUCCAUGUGGCUCUGGGCUUCCUGACCUCCCAGGGUAGCCGGAACCUCCGGGCUGCCCGGGCCCUAGAGCACACAUUGGCCCCGGUGACCGAUGGGGCCGUCUCCACAUUGCUGGGUCUGCUCAUGCUUGCUGGUUCCAACUUUGACUUCAUUGUAAGGUACUUCUUCGUGGUGCUGACAGUACUCACACUCCUAGGCCUCCUCCAUGGGCUCGUGCUGCUGCCUGUGCUGCUGUCCAUCCUGGGCCCCCCACCAGAGGUGGUACAGAUGUACAAGGAGAGCCCGGAGGUCCUGAGCCCACCAGCUGCACAAGGAGGAGGGCUCAGGUGGGGGGUAGCCCCCACCCUUCCCCAGAGCUUUGCCAGAGUGACUACCUCCAUGACCGUGGCCCUCCGCCCACCCCCACUGCCUGGUGCCUACGUCCACCCGGCCUCUGAAGAGCCUACUUGGUCCCCUGCUGCCACACCAGCUGCCAGUGGCUCCAGCAACCUCAGUUCUAGGGGACCAUGUCCAGCCACCUGAUGAAAGAGCAGCUGAAGCGUGGAGACCCUGUUCAGGCCACAUGAAGGCACUGGGAAGCCAUGGGGGGUUAUUGAAUGCAGGGCGGACUCCUGGAGAGCCCUGCUGCUGCUGCUGUCUGCCUCCAUCUCCCCGACCCAGCCAUCACAGACCUCCCUGAGAUCCACACUAAGCCACCACCCUCUAGGCUGUGAGCAGCCUUGCACACCCGGGUGCUCCGUGCCUGUGCCCGUGACUGGGUGGGGUGAAAGCCAGCAAGCACUUCAGGCUGCAGUGCAGCCCUGUCCCCCCUCCCACCCCGCCCUGCUGCCCCCAGCAGACCAAGCCUGAGGGAUCCUCUAGCACCCUUCUCCAGUCCUGGUCCCCCACUGCUUGCUGACUUCUGGGUAGGCUCUCUGUAUCCCUGCCCACCUCUUACCACAUAAAUUAUUUAUAUGGAGAUGUUUAUUUUUGUAGUUUGUAUAGAUGUUAGCUAUGCUGAAAGUU